GGUUGUGCUGCACUGGAACGUGAGAGUCAUGUCUCACUGGAACGGGAAUUUGCUCCUCAACCUUGUGUUUAACUUUACGGAAUUGUCGCCGCUGACGUCAUCAGAGUACCUUCAAUUGACGUCGCCCUUCUGCCACGACCAUGUGGCCGUUGAUAUGGGAACGGACUGCUUCAGCCAGCCGUGUGCGGAGCCCCUGGAAGGAGAGCGUCCAGUCAGCUUGGUGUCGACACUCUCCUCCGGCUCAUCGCGGGAGAGUCAAAGCUUGUUUGGGAGCACCGUCGCCCUGCCUUCCUCGAGCACCCCGCCCAUCCCAAACGAGGAAGACAUCGACUUGGAACUGAUUCCGGCUGAGCAAGCCAGAGACCAUAGUCCGGUACCAGCCGACCCCAGGAUCUACUGGCUGGACCAGCACAACAAGACCCCCUCCAACAGGAAAUCAAGUCGGGAAAUCCCUCACAGUGCCGCGUCACCUGUCGUCACGGAGGCGAUGGCGCCCAACCCGAAGCUGACCUACGUGGAUCGCGUCGUCAUGGAGAUCAUCGAAACCGAGCGCAUGUAUGUCAGGGACCUGCGCAGCAUCGUGGAGGACUAUUUGUCUCAUAUCAUCGACACAAGCAACCUGCCGAUACGGCCAGAGCAGGUGUGUGCCUUGUUUGGGAACGUAGAGGACAUCUAUGAGUUUAACAGUGAGCUGCUGCAGUCGCUGGACAUGUGCGACAGUGACCCCGUGGCCAUCGCUCAGUGCUUCGUGGACAAGAGCGAGUACUUUGAAAUCUACACCCAGUACUGCACCAACUACCCAAACUCUGUGGCAGCGCUGACAGACUGCAUGAGGAGUAAAACGUUGGCCAAGUUCUUCAGAGACCGACAAGCCGCUCUGAAGCGCUCGCUCCCGCUGGGUUCAUAUCUGCUCAAACCAGUCCAGAGGAUCCUCAAGUAUCACCUGCUGCUUCAGGAAAUCGCACGCCACUAUGACCCCGACGAGGAAGGUUACGAGGUGAUCCAGGAGGCCAUCGACACCAUGACAGGAGUGGCCUGGUACAUCAACGAUAUGAAGCGGAGACACGAGCACGCGGUCAGGGUGCAGGAGAUACAGUCGCUCCUGAUCAACUGGAAGGGUCCAGACCUGACCACCUACGGCGAGCUGGUUCUGGAGGGCACCUUUCAUGUGCUCCGGGCGAAGAACACCCGGACGCUCUUCCUCUUCCAACGAAUGCUGCUCAUUACCAAGAGAAGAGGGGAGCACUAUGUCUACAAGACCCACAUCUCGUGUGCCACCUUGAUGCUGCUGGACAGCGGGAAGGAUCCGCUGCUCUUCAGUGUCAUCCAUUUCAAACAUCCCAAACAGCCGCACACUGUCCAGGCCAAGUCGGUGGAGGAGAAGCGUCUCUGGGCUCAUCACAUUAAAAGGCUCAUUCUUGAGAACCACAACGCCAUUGUUCCACCGAAGGCAAAAGAGGCUACUCUGGACAAUUCCAACUACCCUGGGAAGCACCACAGUAGCCCCGAGAAGCUGAAGAGAACCGAGUCAUGUCAAGCAGAAGACUUCCACGGCACGGGAAGAAACGGCCGCAGAAGAUCAGAGCCGGUGAAACAAGUCAUAAGGAGCACGAAAGGUCAGUGUUGCAUCACACCGCGGGUGAAAUUCAGUGCCGCAGGAUGUUGUAGUGUGGAGCGAAUGCAGCCGCCACACGCCAGCUUUGUUCCCCGUCCAACCGAACCCAGGAAGGGAUCCGUGCUGAAGCGUCAGUACCAGCCAACGCUGGAGUCGAGCUGGUACCUCACCCAAAGUUCACACGGCUCGACGGCCCCAGAAAUCCCCAGCACACGGCCUUGCGAUAACCACCCACAUCUGUGUGACUUGAUGCCACAGCAUGCAGACAGCGAGGGCGCUCUGCUGGGGGACAGGCGCUCCCUGCAGCCCACCACUGGUGUCGGAACCCUGGCCCCGGGUUUCGGUCCGCCCCGGUGUGUAGAGGAUCAAACUCCCGGCAGCGACUCUCCGGAGCAGCCACGGGCUGCGGACCCGGACAGACAUUCAGCCAGUGAGCCGCAGAGGACAGAGGAGUCAAAGGACGAGGAGGAGGAAGGGGGGAGUUUCAAGGAAGAUAUACUGAUGGGGGACGACCAGGUAGCCGACUUCGCCAGCUCAGUGCUGGCAGCCAUCUCCUGCUGGCACUAUAGAGCCAGGGCUUUGCUUUCCACUCACUUCACAACGGCUGAUCUGGAGGCGAAGCAGGAGGCAGACGCUCCGCACCAGGAGGAAAGGCAGGCUCUGAAAGAGAGCCUCUCCACACAGGUCUUCGUGGAGGAAGGUGGCCGACCCCCGGAGAGCAGCGCAGCAGAUGAGGCCUCCCGAUGCCGAGCGUCUCCAGUCACAUCCACCUGCACGGAGCAACCGGUCGUCCUGGAACCUGCUAACACAGAAGCCACAGACAACGAUGAGGAGGUGGAGGAAGGGGGCAGUGACUCGUCAGGGGUGCAAGUUGAGGAGACAAGUGCUCUGACAAACGGGGAGCUGUCAGAAGAGGAGGAGGAGGAGGAGGCCUUGUCGGACAGGAAGAGCAUCCUGCCGUCAUCGGUCUUGGACCAGGCCAGUGUGAUCGCCGAGCACUUCAUCGGCAACCUGUCCAGGCGCAGCAGCCUGGUGUCGGAAGACACAAGCUCCCUGGUCUGCUCCUCGCCGCUGCCCCUGCAGGACACCAGUGAGGUCUUCAAAAGCCCCACUGUGACCUUGGAGCACGAAGCCACCGUGGCUGCAGACGCCGCCGCUGAGGUGCCAGCGCUCCUGCAGGAGCAAGCCGCCGUGGACGGGGAGCGCAGGUCCACGCUCUCCAAACAGGAUCGCCUCCUCAUCCACAAAAUCCGAAGAUACUACGAGCACGCUGAAGAUCAGGACGCUAACUUCAGCAUCAAGCGGCGGGAGAGUCUGUCGUACAUCCCAGCAGGUCUGGUGCGGCACCUGAGCCACCAGCUCAACAGCAUCAGCGACGUGGUGGAGGAACCUGCAGUCGCGGUCGGCAGAAAAGGAACGCUCCGGAACCGACCCACGUCCUGGUCCGUGUUCGAUCUACCUGGCUUAGGGACCAGUAUCAAAGCAGAACCUGACCAGGAGAAGGUGGAAGAAGCCAAGACGAGGUCUCCCAGCAUCGCUGACUCGUCCACGACGGAUGAAGAGUUCAGACCCUCUGCUGAAAUGAUCAAGGUUUGGCAAGACAUGGAGGAGGAGGAAGGUCAGCAAGCUCAGCUGGAGACGCAGGACGUGAGUCUCAACUCCUCCAACAUCAGUCAGGAACCUUCAGCGAAUGUGGAGGAGAGUGAAACCAGUGCCACCUCAGAUGGCUCUUCAGUGUCAUCGCCGACGCCCAACUCUUCAGGAGGAGACGUGUGUAAAUCCCCCUCCACGACUCCGGACCCUCAAGGCUUCCGGGCUCACCUUCCCAAGAUCAUCCAGUUCAGAACCAGUGUGGACGAGGACCAGAUCCUUCAGGACAUGGGCAAGAUGAAGAACAAGGUGUUUCAGCUGGCGCGGCAGUACAGCCAGCGCAUCAAGAACAACCGCCCGAUGGUCUGGCAGAAGAGUCGAGAGGCUGCCAGCCAGCUGCGGAGGAUGGACGCCGUGGAGGAAGAGAAGACGCCGUCCAGGAAGAAAGAUCGCCCGCCGCUGAGGCUGCCGUUGAACGCCUGCAGUCCGGCCCUCAUCCAGGAGGUCAACUCCCCCAGUCCACUUCAGUCCCCAGGCUCGGGCCUCAGCUCCCACUGCACGGCCGCCUCCCCACAGAGCCCACAGUCGGAGACCUUUCACUGGCCCGACGUCCAGGAGCUGCGCUCUCGAUACACCCCGUCCAGCCCGGGGACCCCUGACCGCUGCCCCUCGUCCAACGAAAUGCUGGAGCGUUCUUUGAACAGAUGCAACAGCUGCUCACGGCGACGCAGCAGCUCCUCAGACCUGCACAGAGACUUUAUCGAUAAAGAAAACUGCGGCGUGGAGCAGGACUGGCCCAAGGCCCGGUCCAAGUCCCUGCUGUGCAGGUGGAGCUCCCUGGACCACAUGCUCUUAUCGAACGAAGCGCAGAACCUUCAAGACCCUCUCAGGACAUGUCAGACUGCGCUGAUACCGACAGAAACCAACAAGCUCCGCCUGGGAGAAAACCUCUUUCAGCAGGACCUGGACUGUUCCUCAAAGCCCUCGCUUCAGAGUCCUGGGAAAAUAGCCCAGAGUCACCUGGUGAAAAGCUUACGGGAAAAGUUCCAGAGUUUAAGCACAAGCUAACAAGCGACGCAUUCAUUUAAUUUUAACGUUGUCAUCCAGUUUUCAGCUUAUUCCAAGAUGAAACCGGCUCAAGGUGACGGCUUCUACGACCUCGCAACUCACGGGGGGGUGUGAAUGGCCGAGGGCCUCGUAAACGUCGCACAGCAAUAUUUGGGUUUUGGCACUGUACACAUGUAAAUAUGUAAAUAGUUGGUCUGAAUGACUGGUGGUUCCACUCACUGGUGAAAUGAUACCAGGAGGAGCUGAGAGAAACCCGCCUGCCAAAGAGCUUUUCCAAAGCCACGCCGCCACCCGCGCAUCACUGGAGCUUUAUUAGUCUGAAGACGUCGCCAUGUUAUUUAUAAAUGCGUGAGAGAGUUGAGCGACCGCUUGUACAUAUAACACCGAAUCAACCACUUUUGUAAAUGUGCCUGAAAAUGUCUUGUUUCGUACAGGUUUCCACUGAAUUUUCAAUAAAAUG